GUGGGACUAGAAAGAUUGGCUGCAGUGGUACUGAUUGACGCACCGGAAGAAAAAUGUCUUCAACGACUGAUGAACGCUGACCAAACGAAUGAUCCUGUAGACAUGAUCCAGUCUGCAAGCGUAAUUAGGCGAAGACUGUGCAAUUUCAAGAACCUGACGCUUCCAAUGUGCAAGACGAUUGACGAUGAUAACAAACUUAGAGUUAUCGAUGGAGACAUGAAAGACGACCACAUUGCGAGGGAAAUGUUAACGAUCUUUGAAUUUGUAUUGUCUGGAAAAGUGACAGGCCCAGCAACACGGCCUGAACCCGGAACCAUUCCAGACGCGCCUGUGAAUAGGACCAUGGAGAAGAUUGUCGGCUGUGUGGGCAAUCCAAGGGCCUUUGAUAUUGCACGCAUCACUCCCGAAUUCAAAGACUGUGGAAGACGUCCCCAUCUUCCAAAAUGCCCAAUUCUGGUCUUGCUUGGUGGUCCCGGUUCUGGUCGAACGAAACAGGCUUUAGCCUUGUGCAGUAUGAUUCCGGGCGUGAAACACUUCAAUAUCACUGAUCUGCUUCGCACCAAGGUCCUCGACUCCCUCGUUGGUGGAGCUCAAAAGGACUGGGACGUUGUUGCUAAACGUGUUCAUAGCAGUGAACCGCCUCUGGAAUACGAUAUCCAAGUUGAUAUUCUACGCGAGGAGUUUAUCAAACUUGCCAAUACUGCAUCUAUGGUCAUCAUUGAAGGCUAUCUCAACGACGAGAGUCAAAUUAUCACAUUCAAUCAAAAUAUUGGUGGAGCUGACCUCAUCGUACUUCUCGACUGCGAAGAAAGCACACUGAACCAACGGCUAUCAAAACGGGGAGCCCGAAUCCGACGUGUGGAAGAUGAAGGUCAUAUAAUCAGCCAGCGAAUCAACUUUUUCAAGCAGGUCACGCUUCCCGUGGUGCGAUACUUCGAUGAACUCGGAAAACUUGUUAUUGUAAGUUCUCGGGUCAGCGUAAAAUUGGAUGCCUGA